UGCGCGUCGUCGUCGUCGUAGUGGUUCAGUCAGCGCCAGUGUGUGUAUCUACUAGACCUACGUUGUGACUGUUGAGGUGCCAGUUGAGAAUUCUCGCAGCCAAAGGUUCUCCGUCUGUGAUUUCUGCAUUGUGAUAUUGAAAAAUAUAUAAGAAGAUAAUGCUUAACUGAUCUCAGAGGAAGAAGUACAAAGUUAUUAAUAUUUACGAAUUAUAAAAAAAAAGUAUAUCGAAAUGGUUGCACACUCGUUUGGAGGAGUAUUAACUCCCAGGCCACCAACAUGGGAUCGUUCAAGGUAUACUGCUGUAAAGUGUAAUUCUAAGCUUUACCAUGCUAUCUAUGAAGAAUAUAAGGUUAACCUCUUUGGAAUAGGAUAAAUCAGUUGGGAAUUUGGAUCGUAUACAUUAAAACCCUAGACAAUCAUUACCCAUGGCAGCUGUGAAAGCUGUAGAGCAACAGCCGAUGGACUUGGUCAAGCGGAAUCAAAGAUUUAGGCGGUCAGCAGCAGUCUAUACCUGUGAACGAUACAUUCCAUCAAGAAUUGAAGAUGAAGCCAGGCAGCCUCUAGCUUCUCAGUCAGCCAGUAACUUUAAACCCUCAAAAGUGAAUCAAGAGCAAGUCGUCAGCAAUGAUUCUGAAAACCUUGUAUUUCAGACCGUACCGAAGCUGAGCCAAGGGAAACGUGAGAUAUUGUCACGAUGGAGGAGAGAAAACCCACAUUUGGAACAGGAAGAUGAGCAAACCUCUAAGGCCGAGUCUUCUUUAAGUUCAGGCAUGGCUAUACAAAGUAGGCAUCUUCCAUCGUGCGGGCAGCAUCAGUGGGAGGAAAACAGUAAGGACAUCUUGCAAACUGAAGAGGCUAAUAGCACUAAGGAAAUUGGGCUUGACAGUCAGCAGGACAAAGAGCUUGCCAACUCUAUCCCAGAUGAUGAUCAAGAGCAGCAAUAUGAGCAGUAUGUUUAUACCUUGCUUUCUGAAGAAAGAUGCAGUACUUUGAACUCAACUUGUGAAACAGAGAGCCAGGAAUCCGGGUCACAUGAACAAGGGGAACAAUUGAUAGUCCUAGAAAGAGAGGAUGAAUUCACCAUCAAAGGUAACGGGAGUGGCAGUGAAGAUGAUUCUCCAGUAUCUUCAGUGGAAAAUCUUGAUGCGCAGUGUCCAGAAGGAAGCACAAAAAUAAAUGGGCCUGAUCCUGACAAAGGUCAAGUGACUGUUUGCCAGAGUCACAGCAUGUUGCAUUCAUCAACAGAAGAUGAUGGUUCUGCAAAGGUUACUCAGGAGAGUAUAAUGUCAGAGUCUAGUUCUUCUGAAAAGGAUACAGAUUUCUAUAACGAUGACUCUGAUAGAGAUGAAGGCUUGGUUAUUGUUGAUGGUACCUGCCAAGUUGUCGACUUUGAUUGUGGCACUGAUGAUCUUGAAAUUGUAACAGAAACCUCAGAUAAUGAUGACAUUCACAAAGAAGACUCAGACAAGGAGGAUGAAGAUAAUCAAGACCCUAUUCCUAGGAGUAAAAGUCGUAGUGAAUCACAGAGGAAAAUGAAGGAGGGUAAGUCAUGGUUACUUAAUAAUUUUCAAGUAUUGGAGGACACUAAGAAUACUAAGGCUGUAAUCAAACUCAGUGCUAUAGAAAAGUCAUAUAUCUCUUACUGUAAGGAAAAUAGGAAAGAUCCUCUGGCUACUCCAGUUUUGGCGCGUAUAAUCCAUAGCACGUUUCCCAAUGCUACUAAAUGUCGCUUAGGACCACGAAAGCACCAACAGAUUCAUUAUCGUAGACUUCAGUUCAAAUCAGAUGUUGCAGCAAGCAACCAGCAGGUACCUGAACUUACCAAAGAUAAACAAACUGAAAAUCAAUGUAACAGUCAGAAGGAUCAGUCUGAAACAAAAUCUGCAUCAAAACUUCAGCAUAGUGGCAAAGCAUUUCAGGAAAUCAAUCGUGAGCAGACAACAACAGUUGUUGAUAAUGGUAUGAAUACACAAAGUGCAUCGUUACUUGAAGUUGAGGAAGUUAACCAUCAGAAUCCGCAAAAUGAAAACAGUUCCAGUCAGAACGAUGAAGAAAACUGUAAAAGAUCAGCAGCAAAAAUAAAAGAGGUCCUGCAAUGGAUUACCAGUCAAGGAGAAUCCCAUAAAAGUGCUUUGCUGCGUGAUUUUGCACACAGUGCUUCCUGCCAGAAACUUAAAUGUGAGCCUGUUUGUCUGAUGUUCCGACGCAUUCGUCGACAUGUGGUUGCUGCCCAACAUUCAUGCUCUGUAUUGCGUCUUUAUUCUAUGUUGUUGCGCCAUCAUGUCUCUUCAUGUACUCAGUCUAAUUGUGGGUUACCUGCCUGCCCAGCAUUGAGAAAUACAUGCUCUAGCAAGCGUAAACAGGGAGAGGAACCAAAGCAGCCUGCAAAGAGGGUGUUUACAGCUCAUUCCCAAAGCAUGUAUCCGUCAAGUCUUGUUCUUGCUCCUCGAUCACCUGGUGGUUCUUUGCCUGGUUCGCCAGUGAACUCGCCCCCAGCAAGCCCCAAUUCAGUUGUAGGAAUAACGCCCAUAACAAGCCAAAUACAGUAUGUUAUGGUGCCAGUGUUGAUGCCUUUAGUUGAAAAUCAGGUAAUUUAAUUUAUGCAUUUUUUUCCUCUGUUACAUCAAUUGAGUAUUUAAUAAUGUGUGGCAACAUUAAUAUGAAGUAAAUUUCUUUAUAUUUUUGCACACUUUUGUUUAUUUUUUUUUUUUACCAAAGAAUACUGUUGAUAUUAAAUUGUGGAUUAACUAGAAUGAAACAGGUUAUAAGAAAAUUAUUAUAUGUAAUAUUAUACAUAAGAAAAUUUUUAUAUAUAAUAUACUUUCUUACUGAAAUGCUGGGAAGGGUUAAUGAUAACUGACUAAAAAUUGAUAUUAUAAUUGCUUGUAGUAAUAUGGACAAGAAAUAUAAAAAUGUAUCUCUAAUGGGAUCAUUGUUAAGAGAAUCCUAAGUUGAUUUUUUUUUUUUCCCCAAGUUCUGAUGUGCAUCAUUUUAGUGAGAAUUAAUAACUUUUUUUAAGCUUGUGCAAAGCUCAAAGAAACUGGUCGAGUUGAUUUAUUAGUUAUUGUUUUUAGGAGGAAGUUAUCGUUUAACAUUCUAAGAGUCUGGGUAACUUAACUUUUUAUAUUUACUGCAUGUUAGUACACUAUAUACAGGAUAAAUAUACAGUAAUAUAUACUUCAUAUAGCAUUUUCAAUGUUCUAGUUUUUCGUUUACUUAGAGGGCAAAUAAAUUUCUUUGCUACUUAAGCAAGUGAUAUCAAUGGUAAGCUUUUGCAGUAUUGAAUAACAAUGCUUAUAAAGUUGUUAAUGUUU